CUCAGCGUCAUGAAGGGGGAGCUGGCGGAGGCCGGGCUCCUGCACCAGGCCCUGCGGCUGUCGCACCAGGAGGACAACAGGCAGGCCAUCGCCUACACCUACAGCGUGAUGGCAAACGUGGCCUUCAUGCAGGGACAGCUGGACAAUGCAGAAAAGCUCUACAAAGCAAGUAUGAGCUAUUUGCUUGCAGGGGACAUGAAGGAGGAUGACAAUGCAAUCCUAGAGAUGUCCCUCAAGCUGGCCAGUAUCUACGCUGCUCAGAAACAGGACAAAUUAGCCAUAGCUGGAUACCAGUUCUGCAUCCUGACCUUAGAGGAGAAGAUUGCCAAACAAAAGGACUUGCCUGAGGAUGUCUUACCAGCUGAAGAAAAGGCCAACACCCGUCUCCUGCUCGGGAUGAGCCUGGACUCCUACGCUCGGUACCUCCUGAGCGUGAACCAGCUCCCAGCGGCCCAGAAGAUGUAUGAGAAGGCUCUGCAGAUAGCAAAUGAUGUUCAGGGAGAGACUCAUCCACAGACUGUGGUCCUGAUGAACGACCUGGCGACUGUGCUGGAUGCUCAGGGGCACCACGACGAGGCCUAUUCCUACGUGAAGAGGGCGGCAGAGCUGGCAAGGGAGACUCAGCACCCCGAGGAGCACAUGGUGCUGAAUAACCUGGCAGCAAUUCUGAUGCACAAAGAAGACUUUCUGCAAGCAAAACAAGUGUACAAAGAAGCUCUCAAGCAGGCACAACAGAAGGGGGAUGUUGCUUCUGUCCAGCAUAUCCAGGAAGAAUUAGCCGAGCUGGCCAAGAGGAGAAAGGGCUCCAAAUAAGUUUGGCUACAGAGUCCAACCUUGAGGUGGCCCAGGGCAACAAGGGCUGGUCAGCACAAGCAGCCUGGGACCAGCUCAGUGCAGUUCUCCAGGGGAGCAGCAAGGAGGAGUUCAAGGACUGCUAAAUAGGAAGGGCUGCUACUGCCCAACAACUUAUCCCAAAAUAAAGGUGUGAAAUCUUAACUAUGUGAA